AUGUCUUUGAAAAAGAAUCUUAUAUGCCAUUCUUUACUACAAGAAGAUGGAUUUGCUAAAAUCUUUCUUGAUCAACGGAUUGAUUGUUGUUCUAGAAACAAGAGACCAGUGCAUGUUCCAUACCCACGCUGGCUUGAGUUGAUCUUUUUGCGUGAAGAAGGUUAUACUGAAAGUCAUGGGAUCAUCAUUCCCGUUGAUGAUCUGUAUAUUACUGCUAGAAUACGAAAGUGGAUUGAGAAUCACUAUGUGUUCGAAUCCUCAUACUCUGAAGAGGAUGAUAACAAUGAUGAUGCUCGUGAUGAAUUAGGUUAUGAUAAAGAGAAUUCAAAAGCUGAUCACCAUAAAGAAGUUGGUAAGGUAGAAGACACUGAUAAAGAUGAAGAUAAUCCAGCAGCUGAUUUAGGAGCUGACUUCACUAAGAAUAUGAACUCUCCUCCAAGGAAAAACAAGCACAUACGUUUUUCAUUUACUUCCCCUACUAGUGACACUGAACAUCAUGGAUCAACCACUACCAUUGGAGAUACUACUGAGCCAAUAAUCCAGGAUGAAACUUCUCCAACGCCAUCUCCUUCUCCUCAAGCUGAUACAGUUCAUCAAACUGAAACGGUUCCUCCUACACCAUCACCCAUUAAUGUUAUUGUUCUUCAUCAGGGUGACCAAGGAGAAUCCAGCUCCAACUUUGAAGCUAUUGUGCUUUCCCAACUCUCCUUAAUUAUGUAG